AUUGCUUAGGAUAACCCAAAAAAGUCAAAGUGACUUAUUUCCAUUAUUAUUAUUGUACUCUUUAGUUCCUGUUUAUGGCUUAAUAGUUAAUGAUUUUCAUAUUAAUUGUAAUCUGUAUAUCUUAUCAUUAGUGUGUUAUUUCACUAAAACUAGGAAACUCACCUAGACGUAGCUAUCACAGAGGUUUUCACAAUAAAUGCCUCACAAUAUAAUGCAUAUCAAGAUACAUUAUACUUUUUAGUUCUUGACAAGUGUAUGUUGUCUUAACCACAUUAAAAAUUUUUGAUCAAAGGAAAAUGCAAAUGGCAUAGCUUUCAGUUAUAUUAAUUUUAUAAAAUAAUGUUUAAUAUGUGCUAGAUUUCACCAACAGUUUGUAUUGUAUCAUUUUUAAGGCCUUUUUUUUUUUAAACAACAGCUAUAUUGAAUGCACUAGUAUAUAUCAUACCCUUAUACAAAAUUAUGCAAGAUAAGCUUUAUUGAGGAAAUACAUGCUCUCAGGUAUCAAGAUGCAUUAAGUUUUUAAGCUAUAUAAACUUAGCUCUACAUAGUUUUUCAGUUUUUAUGCUAUUUGUCAAAGUUUGAGAGGCUUUACCAUUUGGUGGGGAAGGGUGCUUUCAUGCUAGUUAAAAUCCCUCAAUCUGGGGAAUUGAAGCUACUCUUCCCUUAUUUGUAUCAAACCUGAUUAUCUCUCAUUACCCAGCCCAUAUAUGGCCUCUUUGAGUAAGGGAUGAUGGAGCUCCAGAUGAAAACAAUGUGGGAGAAGUAAAAUUAGCACUUCCUAUAACUCUUCAAGAAAAAGUUUAUACUGUGUGCUUUGACUCUGGCCCUACCUUGACUCUACACCUCCACAGGAAUCUGUGAGAAAUAAAAAAAAUGCUUAUAAAUGUAAAGUUAAACUUAAGUGUAUCUAGCAGCUACUAAAAUAUCGUAUCUUAAUUUACUUCACUUAUCCAAAGGAAACUUAACCUGAUGUAACCCAGUUGAAGCUAACUCUCUUAAUAUAAAACACCCUUCAAGGGAGAUGCCUUGAUACUGAUGAACGGUCUUUGAUCAAAAGAAUUAGAGGUACCCUCCCCUUCCUUGGAUCAAACCUGAUUACCUCCCAUUUCCCGGUUGCUGUAUGACCCCUGCUGGCACAGACUUCCUCGGGAUGAUGGAGAAACAUUACCAGUUUGGCGUUUAAAAUGCGAGUGCUACGAUCUGUGCUGGGAGGAUGUGUAUGUGUUGUAGCAUGUGUAGUAGUGCUCACAACCAUUACAUCCACUCCACCUACAGGUCCUGCUAUCCAUUCCAUUGUCUCGCACAACCUAAAGGAAGAACUAGAAGGAAAGAUGACUUGUGAUGAGGAGCAUUUAGAAAAAUUGGGUUUCAUAGAGAAACCUAAAUUUUACCCAAAGCAUUCAUGGGACAACCUAACCACACCAGUUCUUGCCUCAGCAGUGAGUGCUGGUGAAGCUGUGUGGGUACAGGAGGAAAUACUGGGGCUAGCACAACAAAUUGCCUAACUUGACUGUAGUCUUUAUAGCCUUGAUCUCGCCCCACUUGAUUUUUACAGAAUAUGCAAUAUAUCAUGUGUGGUGGUAACUUUUGACUUCACUACAUAUCCUUCCCACAUCAGGGAUUUACGUCUUAAAGCUUACCGUCCCAUUAUCAUACAGGAGCUGCUGGUGCGUGCUGGAGCUGUGUUGUGGCUGGACGCAGGUGUAAGGUUAGCAGAUGAAUCUCAAGAUACUACUGACUUAAUGGUAGAUUGGAGUGAAAUGGCUCUAAAAAGUGAAGGGGUCUUGACUUGGCCCCUUCCCAAUCCAGCUCUUCUCCCAUCAGCAGCACUGACACAUCCCAACAUGUUCACCUUUUUUAACACAAAGAAACACAAUUAUGAUUUCCAGCAGAUGGGUGAUGCAGGGACAUUGAUGGUGUACAACACAGCAGGUGUCCACCACCACUUGAUGAAGCCAUGGGUGUCAUGUGCCCUCACACACAACUGUAUUAGUCCUAUUGGUGCUCAGGAUACUGGCUGCAGGUAUGACAAAAAACCAUUAUUCCGCUACUCUGGCUGCCACCACUACGAUGCUUCAGCCUUUAAUGUGGCUUUAGGUGUCAUGUUCUCUUACGACACUCGGCCAUACCUGGCUGCAUCGUCCCCUUUCACUCGAGUGUCAAGAAAGCCACAGCAAGAGUUGGAUGAAAUGCCAGGUGAAGAGGGUACUAAUACAUCCAUUAGGGAAAUCUCCAGUAGGAAGUAUAGUGGUAAGAGAACAGUUAAAAUAGUAAGUUUGGACAGUUCCCGCUCUAGCUCUUCUUUUAGGCUGAACCAUCAGAAUGCGAUGACAAAUAUUGGCAACAGAGUACUUGCAAAGGAUGAUGUAAAGUUGGAGGAAAAUGCACAUGAUGAAAAUGAAAGCAGAGAAACUACCAUAAGUAUGCUACACAGUACACACACUGUGACUAGUGUCAGUGAUAAGCUUAAUCAUUGACGCAGCCUGCUUGGUGGCAUAGGCUCAUUAGCAUUUUGCCAUCAUCAUCUUGCAUUAUUUCUACCUCUUGAAUUACUAUUUUGUAAUUUCAUUUUAUAUGGCAGUAAUCACAAAUGUUGUUAUAAUAACACAGUGUGUAUGAUUUAAUGUUAAAAUUAUUUCAUGUACUCAAAAUCAGUGUUUAAGUUACUCAAAAUGUGUACUUGACAAAAGAAACUGUUUUUGGUAGAAGUGGCAGUGACAGCUGUAUUGUUAUUAAUAGUAAUUCUUAUAAUUUUACUUGCAUGUUUUCAGUCAAUCUUGACAAAACUUUAUUUAGGUACUAUAGUCUUUUAAACCAAAGAUGGGGAAAUAAAGAUGUAAAGAAUACACGUAUUACUGAAGUUUAUUGAUGUGGGACUUUGGCUAUCUUUGAGCAAAGCCAGAAACAUUUAAUUUCUGUAUAACACAGCAUUUUCCAGAAAGACCUGAAAAAAUGGUGGGUGAAAGUUUUUCAAGGUCACUAAGAACUCUUCAGUGGUGUUAUGGGAAAGUAACAGGAAAAAUAUAAGAAUUACAUUACUAAUAAUUCUUAAAUAUUCAGUUACUUUCUCACGGCACUGAUGAAGAACCCUUAGUGACCUUUAAAAGUUUUUGCCCAUCAUUGUUCUUUGUUGCUGGAGGGUGUGGUAAUAUCCACUUUUCACAGAGCUUGUAGAUUUUUUGUCAUUUUUAUACAUUAACUUAUAACUGUAAUUACAAUCCCUUACUUUCACCUUUUAUCUUUGUAGUUUUCUUUUCAACAUUUUAUUGGUCAGUUUGCAUUUUAUGAUUUGGUGAUUUUGGGCUCAAUACUAGAGAAAUAACUUUAUCUUUCAACUAAGUCCAAUAUUUUUGUUUCAACCCUCCUAUAAUUAUGGAAAAUAUAGCCAAGUUGCAAUGCUUGAUAGAUGAUAAUAAUUUAUAGCUCUUAAUUGAAUAUUGAGACACUAAACUUCUAUCUGUUUCAGCAACAACAGAGAAUUUAUAUUAAGUAAAGAUGCAACUUGAACUUCGUUUACAAUAUAUUAUGGUAGUGUAAACAUUGUACGUAUUUUUAAACUUAGUUUCAUGGGAAAAUUAUUUUUUUGUUGAUGUACUGUAGUAUCAAGUAUUCGAAAUUUCAUUUCAAGUUAACCUUGAAGAUGUGAGCUACUUGUGAGUUGUUCCCACUACAUUAGGAAAUUACUUUUGACCCUUUUGGUAGUACAAUACAUACAUCAUAUGACAAAUAUAAGCCAAGGGCAGGGGUAUAUUUCAUAACAAAUACCAUGUUCGUGCCACAAUUCAAAUUGGAAGUACAGUGGUACCCCGAAUUUCGGCCAUAAUUCGUUCCAGAAGGCUGUUCGAGUGCCGUUACCGAACGAAUUUGUUCCCAUAAGGAAUAAUGUAAAUUAGAUUAGUCCGUUUCAGACUCCCCAAAUGCAUUACAAAAGCACUUACAAUAAUACACUUACAUAAUUGUUCGAGUUGGGAGCUGUACAAAAUUCAGGGUACCACUGUACAUGAUUUUCCAGAAAUUAAAUCAUUUUUUUUUCCCUCAACAUGCCUGCCAUCUCCCACCAAAGCAGGGUGAUCCAAAGAAGAAACACUUUCACCAUCGUUCACACAUAUUCACUGUCUUUGCAGAGGUGCCCAGAUAUGACAGUUUAGAUGUCUUUCCAAACAGCCAGUAUCCCAAACCCCUCCUUUAGAGUGCAGGCAUUGUACUUCUCACCUUCAGGACUCAAGUUGGGCUAACCAGAAUAAGUGUAUGUAUGCGUAUUCACAUUCAGCUGAGUUUUCUUUUACAUUUCUUAAUGGUUCUUGCUGCUGUAGGAUUUCCCUUCAUUUCCAUGGGUAAGUGGGAUAAAAGCCUUCCUAUGUCAGCAGUGGAUGUUGUAAAAGGCAAUUAAAAAGCUGGGAGCAAGGGGCUAGUAAUCCCUUCUUCUGUAUCAAAAGCCGGACUGCUCGAGUAUGCAUGGGUGUAGUACAGAUGAUAAGGAGUGAUUGAUUCUUAAGGUUAUUAAUCCCCUCACUCUCUCUUACAUAGAUCUCCAUUAUUUAGGCCAGUGGUGCCUAUGUAGAUCUGUAUCUCAAUCAUAGCACCCUCAAAUAUGCUGCGAGUGGUAAAUAUUUGCCUAGACAUGAGACUGUCUGUCGGAUGUGCACAGUAUGACAAAAAAAACCCUGCCCCCACAUAGUGAAUGGUGGAAACAGCUGACCUUUGAUCUUGUGUUUGAGUCAUAUUCUAGGGUUAUUUUCAUAGUUUUAUUAGGUAUUUCUUGAUAUCAGUUGAUAGAAUGGUAGACAUAGAAGUGAAAUGGAAAUGAUUUUGGUCAGUUUCACACAAGCAGUAGCUUGAAAUAGACCUCAGAUUGGUGGAAAUAUUUGAUUUUUGACUAGGUAAUAGGUCGGUAGACAGCAACCACCCAAGGAGGUACUACCAUCCUGCCAAGUGAGUGUGAAACAGAAACCUGUAAUUGUUUUACAUGAUGGUAGGAUUGCUAGUGUCUUUUUUUCUGUCUCAUAAACAUGCAAGAUUUCAGGUACAUCUUGCUCCUUCUAUGUCAACUUAGGUCACUCUACACAUGCAUGUACAAACAUUAUACAUAUAUACAAACCACUCUGGGUUUUCUUCUAUUUUCCUCCUAGUUCUUAUUUCUGCUUAUCUCCAUGGGGAAGUGAAACAGAAUUCUUCCCCCGUAAGCCAUACAUGUCGUAAGACGCUACUAAAAUGCCAGGAGGAAAGGGCUAGUAACCCCUUCUCCUGUAUAUAUUAUUAAAUUUAAAAAGAGAAACUGUUGUUUUUCUUUUUUGGGCUACCCUGCCUUGGUGGGAUACAGCCGAUUUGUUGAAAGAUAUGAUUUUUGGCGAUUUUCCUGAGGAAGAAUAGAAGCCUUGCUACACCUUUCCCCACCAGUCUGAUUGAUGAGUUUUUAUUAGAUCUGCUUCAAUUACUGAGGCAGUCUGAACCAUGACCAAUCAUUCGUAAUUAUAUUUUAUUAGCUGAGAAAUGGGGUGAAGCUUUUAAUUUUUGUGAUGAUGGAUUUGAAAUAGAGGGCAAGUGUUAUAUAGGAGAGGCCUGGGGACAUUAUUAAUGAACAGAAAAAAGAUUGUUUUAGUGGCCCAAAUGCCUAUACAGUAGUGCUUAUUUUCAACUUUGUAAAUUUUAAUUUGUUCUGAUUGUUGAAUAGGCAUUUGGUUGCACCUAAUCAAUAGAAUGGAAGGUAUAUUAGCAAAAGAGCCAGGAAUUGGGUCAGCUUGACACUGGAAUUGGGCUAAAUUAUUAUUAUAAUCAAAAAGAAGCGCUAAGCCACAAGGGCUAUACAGCAAUUGGCCUAAAAUAGACCUCAUAGUGGGCAAAAAUCACUGAUAUAUAAAUUGUGCACAGAUUGCCCACUUCAUGCCAGGGUACUUUUGUAGAGUUAUUUUUGUAGGUUUUCCAUCAAAUUUCACAUUACCUUCAUUAACAAAAUUCUCUACCAUUUUAGAUGCUAAAAUUAUUAUUAUUUUUUUAAAGUCUCAACUUUGCCAGCUUUUAAUUUCAGCAGCUGCAACAGUGAAUGGCUUAAUGAAAAGAAGCUGGAUAUCCUAGCAGUAAGUGAAACAAAGCUGAAAGGGGUGGUUAAAUUUAAUUGGAAGUAAGAGUGGUUAAAUCAGGUGUGUCUUAGAGAACUAGAGCUAAAGGAGUAGUAGCAGUCAUAUUAAAUGACCAGCUGUGAAAAUUAAAGAGAAGGCAUCAAUGUUUCAAUUUGAGAAUUAUAUGAAUUAGCAUAAAGGUGGGAUUUGAGAAGUGGAUUAGGAGAGAAGGGGAUUGGUUUCUCUAGAUGGUGAUGUGUGAUAUUAUCUUGGUUAUAAAUUGGCCUGUAAAAAAGAAGAAUGCUAAGGUGUUGUGGAAAGGAAUGGGAUUAAAUGAUAAUGAAUGUGAUAGAAUGUGGGAGUUUUCAGUUAUUCUUUGCCAAUGACAUGGUUCUUUUGGAAAAUUCCAGAGAGAAAUUGCAAAGAUUGGCAAAAGGAUUUGGGAAGGUGUGUAAAAGAUGGAACUUUAAAGUAAACAGAAAAGAGCAAGGCAAUGAAAGUAAGAAAAUGUAAGCAGUGAAAGACUGCAUAUCAGAUUCAAGGGAGCGAGUAUGGCAGAGCUAGAUAUUUUACCUCCACCAUAUUUUGAUAUUUGGGAGUGGACAUGUUGGCAUAUGGGUCCAUGAAAGACAAGGUGGACCUUAAGGAGAUGGGUGGAGUGUUGAGGCAUCUGGAAAAAAAGAAAGAAUACUUGUGAUUAUUAGGCAGAAAAUUUGGAGCCUAGAAAUUAGAAUUUAGUGUGAGGUUACCAGCUGUAUAAUACAGAGGUGUUCUUGUUGAGGUGGUUUUGGACAUUUAGAGAGGUUAGAGCAGAAUGAAAUGAACAGGAAAAGUAUAUAAAUCUGAGGUGAAAGAAAGAAGGGGUAGGAGUCAUCCUAUGAAAGGUUAUAGGGAGUGAGUAAAGGAGGUAAUAAUUGCUUGAGGGUUGAACAUCCAUUAGGUUUCUCUAAGCAUGUUCCAUUGUAGUGAUUGGAGACAAGUUGCUUUUAUGGCUUGAUGUACUGUUGGAGUGUGAGCAUGGUAACAUUUUUGAAGGCAUUCAUAAAAAUGAGUAUCCGACUUAAAGUCCUGGAGGUGGGAAGUACAGUGACUGCACUCUGCAGGAGGGGGUGGGAAUGUUGCAAUUCAAAGGGUCAUUCAAAUUGUGAUAUGUGCACUUUUAGCAAAACAGUUAUUCAUUCAGUGAAUGAGGGGUGAAUGUACCUUCUAUUUUUGAGUCGCCUUGCCUUGGUGCGAGACGGUUGGUUUGGUCAAGGAAAAUAUUGAGCUGCACAAGAUCAGUUGGGAAACAUCCUCUUUCAGGUAAAAUCAUGAAAUUGAUCUUUCAGAUUUAUUUAAAAAAAAAAAUAUUAUUAAUUUCUUCAUAGGAGAGGUUGACUUUUUGUUGUAUCACUACCAAGAGGUUAAGUUCAGUUUUACAAGUUUUGAUUCAAGGUAAAUCUUCUAGUUUCCAUGAAAAUUUUUCACGAUUUAUAAAUUAGAUAAUAGCUUAAGAAUAUCUUUCUUUGUGAAGUUUGUCUCUUAGUGAAAUGGAAUCCCUUGUGAAUCUGUUAGUCUUUAGAGUUAAAGAAAAAUAUGAGUAGAGAUUGUUUGUUGCCACAUAAGUCAUUGAAAAAAAAAACUUUUUUCUCCUAAAUAAAACCAUUUCAUGAACUUUCAUUUUUCUAUGGUUUCUCAUAGUUGGCAGAAAUUUGAGAAUAGUUUGUAUUUCAGUUAAAUACUUGAGGAGCUUUAAAUAUUAGUCAAGGUAGUUCAUUUUCUCUUUACAGAUAUGUAGGCUUUACAGUAUAGAGUGAGUAUCCUCUCUGAGUAACCAGGUCAACUGCCACAGGUGCUGCCAGGCACCUCUACCCAAUUUUCAGUAGGCCUAGGUACUCGUGAGGACUCCCUUUCUGUAGAGCAUCCUGUAAAAUUUCUUGGGAGUUUAAUAUCCCUUAGUUACAUGGCAGUCCCCAGUAUUUAAUGCCUUUUAGUUGAAGAUAUGUUGUGCAUAACUAGGGGCUGUUUUAAUCUAUAUACUGUACUAACUGCAAAUCCACUCAUAGUAAUAUCUAUGUACUGUACAUACAAAAAUAUAACUUAUUAUUUUUUAUUAUUAUUGCAUUUAAGAAGAAAAAUUACUGUAUAAUUUGUCUGUUAGGUAGUAGAAAAAAUGUCCUUGGUAGUUUGGUAUCUCUUAGUUUAAGAGAAAUACUUUGCAGAACAUUUAUUAGUUCAAGAAUUUUUGUUUCAGUAAAGUGCACAGAUAACCCACACAUUAGAGAAAGAAGCUUACGAAUGUUUUGGUCCGACUUAGACCAUUUACAAAGUCCAAGUCGAACCGAAACUUUGUCAUAAGCUCCUCUCUCCUGUGUGUAGGUUAUUUGUAUAUUGUUCCAGUCAUAGUAUUGUGCCUUGUUUUGUUCCUUAAAUAAAAUUAUUGUAAAUGCUCAGCAUUCUUUUAUUUGCAAUGAACAAACAAGCUGCUUGGACAACAAAAUGUGAGCUGAGCAAUGACACAGUGGAAACUCACUUCAUACUAUGGCUCAGAAUUAGACAUCACAGGGCUAUUUCACAUCAGUUUGUUAAAAGUUAAGAGGUGGGACCAAGAACUGGAGUUUGCCCUGCACACAUUCAAAUAGGUAAUUAAAAGUUUUAAAAACUCUGUAUCCAUUACUGCAGCAUGAGCAAGUUUAAACAAAAUUUACAUAAUUUAUAUAGUCUAUGUGUUUGUGUUUUUUUAAUACAGUACAAUGGUAUCAAACUUGAACCAGUAGCAGCAGGUUGAUAUUAUUUUAUGUGAUAUAGUUAAUUAUCAUGCUGAAUAUUUUGCCCUUUAUAGAAUUAUUAUUUGCCAUACUAUUAAGUUAAGAAUACUUUUGAUUGUAAUGUAAUUAAUAUUGCUUGUUUAGAUGAAAUAGUGUAUUGCCGAAAAGUAUGAAGAGAGAGAGACAGUUACAGGUUAAGCUAUUAUUGGGACAAUGUUUCACUGUGUAGAUAAAAAUAAAAGCUGUCCCAAUAAACUUAUUCUGCAACUUGUUUCUUUGUUUUCAACAUUGCUUAAUACUGUAUAUUAAUAGGCAAUACAUGUAUAUUAUGUACAAUUAUAUUGAAAACAUGAAAAUCAUGGCACAUAAUAUUGUCCAUGUUAUACAUAUGCCGCAUACCUUCACUGGUCAAAAUAUUGAGUUUACCCAUCAAAUAUGUAAUUAUUAUAGUAAAUCAAUUAUAUUCAUGCAUUUUUUAAUUAAGUGGGCAUGUUUAGUACCUGGAAAUAUUAUGAAAGGUGACAAUAACAAUAGAAAUGUAAUUGAUAUCUUUCCUUGUUCAUUCCAUUUUAGAUGUGUAGUUGUGCCUUUGUCCUGUCUCCCAGGUAUAUUUUUCUUUUAUACUGUAGUAAGAAUAUUUAUUAUAAACCAUAAUUAUAUGCCUUGUAAAUUAGAGGAGAGUUAGGCAGCUAUUGUAGUAAACUUUUCUUGCUUAACAUUUGCACAAAAGUUGAUACAUCUUCAGUAUAAGCCCACGAAACACUAAAGCGUAUUAAGCACAAAAAAUUCUUAAGAGUGAGAUUGAGUUUGUAUUAAUAUGUGAGUGACAGCUCACUGUGAGAGUAUUAUAGUCGGCAUCUAAGGUUUCAUAUUCACUUUGUGGGUUUAUUUGUAAAUUAUUGUUUCACUGAUAAUUAUUCUCUCUAGUCACAGUUUAUCUUCAUUACUGCAUUUUUAGGAGUAUGUACUCUAGUUUGGACAUUAAGAAAUUUUAUGUUAGGUAAGAAGACAUAUAUGCAACUAAUGCAACAUUUGAUUGUGGAGGUGUUUCACUCCUGGAAAGUGAGACGGUUUGACAAAACUCCUGGAGAGUGAAACAUUGCCACAGUAAAAUAUCGCAUUAGUUGCACAUGUGUUCUUUUACCUAACAUAUUGUUGGUAAUUCUACCAACAUUAUUGCAAGAGAAUUUUAGUCCUCAUAAUUGUAAUGACUGAUUUGUGCAGUGAUCCCCAACUUUGCAACAGAGAUGCAUUCCAGAGCAAAGCCAAGUAAUCUUUCAUAUAAUUUCAUGUGUUAUAACAAAGAUGCAUUCCAGGGAGAAGAAAUAUUCCAUUAUGCAGUAUAGUUUUCUUGUUAAAUUUCUAGCAUUCAUGGAAGUACUGUGCAGUACGGCAUGAAUGACCUUUAACCCUUUGAGGGUUUCGGCCGUACUAGUACGGCUUACGACCCAGGGUUUUUGACAUACUAGUACGCCUAAAUUCUAGCGCUCUCAAAUCUAGUGGGAGAAAGCUGGUAAGCAUACAUAUGAAAGAAUGGGUCUAUGUGGUCAGUGUGCACAGUAUAAAAAAAAUCCUGCAGCACACAGUGCAUAAUGAGAAAAAAAAAAACUUUGACCGUGUUUUUGGAAUAAAACAGCGACUUUGCACUGUAUUUUCGUAUGGUAUUUAUUGUUGUAUUCUAGUUUUCUUGGUCUCAUUUUAUAGAAUGGAAGACAUAUUACAGAAAUUGAGAUGAUUUUGACUGGUUUUACAAUGAAAAGUACCUUGAAAUUGAGCUCAAAGUAGCAGAAAUGUUCGAUUUUUACCAAAGUUCAAAAGUAAACAAAUCAUGCCAAGCAUCCAAUACAUGUCAACUGAUGAGUCUAAUAUUCUUUCACAAGUGUGCUGAUAUUAUUUAUACCAUUUCUACACUAAUGCAGUAGUCUGCAUAACAGUAAACCUUCUAUUUUUUUGUAAGAAUAAAAAUUGAAAGUGGAAAGCCAAAGAAAUAUAAGAGGGGCCUGGGGAUGUGACUAACGAACAGAGGAAAUGUUAUUUUAGUGCCAGGAAUGUCUUUCUUGUUUAUUCUGGACCCUAUUUGGAAAUUGGCAUCUUUUGAAAUUUGUGUGAAAUUGGCAAAAUUGCUAAAUUCUGACCACUGUAUUGGAUAGUUGAAAUCAGUAAAUGGAUGGUUUCUUGUAUUCAUUCAAUAGAAAAAAUGGAGUUCUAGAGAAAUAGUUAUGAUUUUUGUCGACUAGUACACUGGAAUUGGCCGAAAAUAGGGCUCAAAGUGGGCAAAAUUGCCGAUGCGUAAACAUCGUCGAGACCGCUAACUUCGCGAGAGCAUAAUUAUGUAAGUUUUCCAUCAAAUUUCAUACUUUUGGUGUCAUUAUGAUCGGGAAAAGAUUCUCUAUCUUUUCAUAAGAAAAAAUAGUUUUUUUUCCCUGAGAACAAGUCUCGGAGAUGCCCUGUCGACCCUCAAGGGUCAACAAAACCAAAUAAACACAUUGCUUGCUACCUUGCAAAAUACAUUGUUUGAUAUCUUUAUUAUGCACCCCAUAGCUAUCUUAUUGGUGAUAGCCAAAGGAUUACCUAACACACAUGUUAGGCUUAAAGUUACAUUGGUAACAAACUAUUUGUUGAAUUCAGAACAGUAGUAAUGAGUUAACACAAUUGUGAAUUCAGAACAAGAGUAAUGAUUUAACACAAUGAUGAAUAUUCAGCCGCAAGCAUUACACUGUGUGGUAGUUUUAUGUGGUUUCUAGUAUGAGUUAUGUACAAGUUAUUCUUAGUUAUUACUGCAGAGCAUAUAAAUGGGAGGGGGGGGGGAGAUAGGUAGAUUAGACAAAAUCAAGAAAGAAAGCAAGAGAGUUUAGACAAGUUAGAUAUAUGGUACACACUGCCGAAUUAAAUAACCCCAAAAAUUUAAAUGUAUUUAUUUUCCCAUUAUUAUUAUUAUUACAAUCAUAACUAAGCACUAAACCUUAUUUUCUCAGUAGCAUUAAUUUAUCAUAAAAUAGCCACUUUAGUGUCUAAAAUGCCUAUUCUCUAAGCUUUCGUAUUACAGAAAUCCUUACAAUUUUUGGGAACUUAUGUUGGCUUGGACAAAACUUAGAGAGUAUUGAACCUGGCACAGCAACACAUGGUCUCACUGGCUCACCAAACAUGACUAGCACUGACUCACCUGGCAUAUAUGAAAGAUUACUUUGGGUGCAGGGAGGUGGGGGGGUAAGGUUCUCACCCAAAAAAAAAAAAAUACAUUUUAAUGUAACUUUAGUCAUAUAAAAUUACCGUUAGCAAACUUGUGCUAUUCAGGGGAUUGCUGAAUAAAUUUUCUAAAAUGUGUUCAGCCAUUAGUAUACAUGUAAUGAUCUCUUUAAACUUAUUUAUCAGUAUUCUGUUUUGUUUUCCAACGGCCUAAUUUUUUUUUAUUGGCAUGGAUUUUGGUGUUUUGCAUGAAUAAAGACAUAAGCAGUAAGUGCUAAAAUUUCAGAUAAAUUGUUUUGUCACAUCCAAAAUAUUUUCUAGGCUCUAGUCGGUACAAUUCUUAUAAAAUAUCUAUACAAAUUUCCUCUUCUACUUUUUUUUUGUAUAUUCAUCUUGUAUCAUUGUAAUACUUAAUUCAAGUCAGCAUAUAUUUUCUGCAGUUCUCACACUAGUCUGUCAUUAUUUUUUUUUUAACACGUCAGCCGUUUCCCACCGAGGCAGGGUGACCCAAAAAGAAAGAAAAACCCCAAAAGAAAGAAAAAACUUUCAUCAUCAUUCAACGCUUUCACCUCACUCACACAUAAUCACUGUUUUUUCAGAGGUGCUCAGAACACAAAGUUUAGAAGCAUAUACGUAUAAAGAUACACAACAUAUCCCUCCAAACUGCUAAUAUCCCGAAACCCCUCCUUUAGAGUGCAGGCAUUGUACUUCCCAUUUCCAGUAUUCAAGUCCGGCUAUAUAAAAAUAACCGGUUUCCCUGAAUCCCUUCACUAAAUAUUACCCUGCUCACGCUACAACAGAUCGUCAGGUCCCAGAUACCAUUCGUCUCCAUUCACUCCUAUCUAACACGCUCAUGCACGCCUGCUGGAAGUCCAACCCCUUGCCCACAAAACCUCCCUUAACCCUUCCUUCCAACCUUUUCAAGGAUGACCCCUACCCCGCCUUCCUUCCCCUAGAGAUUUAAAUGCUCUCCAUGUCAUUCUACUUUGAUCCAUUCUCUCUAAAUGACCAAACCACCUCAACAACCCCUCUUCAGCCCUCUUGACUAAUACUUUUAUUAACUCCACACCUUCUCCUAAAUUCCACCCUCCGAAUUUUCUGCAUAAUAUUUACACCACACAUUGCCCUUAGACAGGACAUCUCCACUGCCUCCAACCACCUCCUCGCUGCUGCAUUCACAACCCGAGCUUCACACCCCUAUACGAGUGUUGGUACUACUAUACUUUCAUACAUUCCCUUCUUUGCCUCCAUACAUAACGGGUUUUUUUCCUCCACAUAUACCUCAAUGCACCACUCACUGCACCUUCGGUGGGCUACCCCACCGAAGCGGGGUAGCCCAAAAAGAAAACGAAAGUUUCUCCUUUUACAUUUAGUAAUAUAUAUACAGGAGAAGGGGUUACUAGCCCCUUGCUCCCGGCAUUUCAGUCACCUCUUACAACACGCAUGGCUUACGGAGUAAGAAUUCUGUUCCACUUCACCAUGGAGGUAAGGGGAAAUAAACGAGAACAAGAACUAGAAAGAAAAUAGAAGAAAACCCAGAGGGGUGUGUAUAUGCUUGUACAUGUAUGUGUAGUGUGACCUAAGUGUAAGUAGAAGUAGCAAGACAUACCUGAAAUCUUGCAUGUGUAUGAGAAAGAAAAAAAAGACACCAGCAAUUCUACCAUUGUGUAAAACAAUUACAGGCUUCCAUUUGACACUCACUUGGCAGGAUGGUAGUACCUCCCUGGGUGGUUGCUGUCUACAAACCUACUACCUACAGUUAUUAACCUCAUCCUUCAUAAAUCCAUCCGCCGACACGUCAACUCCCAAGUAUCUGAAAACAUUCACUUCUUCCAUACUCCUCCUCCCCAAUUUCAUAUCCAAUUUUUCUUUAUCUAAAUCAUUUGAUACCCUCAUCACCUUACUCUUUUCUAUGUUCACUUUCAACUUUCUAUCCUUACACACACUCCCAAACUUAUCCACUAACCUUUGCAAUUUUUCUUUAGAAUCUCCCAUAAGCACAGUAUCAUCAGCAAAAAGUAACUGUCAAUUCCCAUUUUGUAUUUGAUUCCCCAUAAUUUAAUCCCACCCCCCUCCCGAACACCCUAGCAUUUACUUCUUUUACAACCCCAUCUAUAAGUAUAUUAAACAACCAUGGUGACAUUACACAUCCCUAUCUAAGACCUACUUUUACCGGGAAGUAGUCUCCCUCUCUUCUACACACCCUAACCUGAGCCUCACUAUCCUCAUAAAAACUCUUUACAGCAUUUAGUAACUUAUCACCUAUUCCAUAUACUUGCAACAUCUGCCACAUUGCUCCCCUAUCUACUCUAUCAUAUGCCUUUUCUAAAUCCAUAAAUCCAAUAAAAAUUUCCCUACCUUUAUCUAAAUACUGUUCACAUAUAUGCUUCAAUGUAAACACUUGAUCUACACAUCCCCUACCCACUCUGAAACCUCCCUUGCUCAUCCACAAUCCUACAUUCUGUUUUUUUUUUUUUUUUUUUUUU